GUGGAUCAAAAUCAUGAUUCUGAUUCUGAGAGUGACAUAGUUGUAUGCUUUGUUCUCUGCAAAAUCAUCAACCACCUUAGCGUUCUUUUGCUGAAAAACCUUUCUAAUCGCAUAUGGAUUUCGAUUCCCUCGACGAUUUCUUCGAUUUCGAUGAUUUCAUCCACCAUUCUCCCCCUCCGCCCUCCGAUUUCCUGUGGUCCAAUCCAAGUGUGAGCUCUGAAAUUGGCUUUUCAGCAGGUGGUAGUGGUGGCGGUGGUAGUGAUGUCUGUCAAGAGAAAACCAAAAAGAGGAGACAUGCUAGUUCAUGUUGCAAAGCAGGGACAAAGGCUGGCCGUGAAAAGUUGCGGAGGGAGAGACUCAAUGAAAGGUUUUGUGACUUGAGUGUUGUUUUAGAACCUGGAAGACCUGCGAAAGCUGAUAAAAUGGCUAUACUUGAUGAUGCUAUAAGAGUUUUGAAACAACUAAAAACUGAAGCUGAGGAACUCAAACAAACGAAUGAAAAAUUGUUAGAAGAAAUAAAAUGUUCUAAGGCUGAGAAAAAUGAACUUCGAGAAGAGAAACUUGUUCUAAAAGCAGAUAAAGAAAGGAUUGAGAGACAGUUGAAAGAUUUGCCUGUUCAACCUGCAUCUGCAGGGUAUAUGCCUCCCAAUCUAGCUCCUUUCCAAGCAGGGGUCAACAAAGUUGCUGUUUAUCCGAACUACGGGUACAUGCCAAUGUGGCAUUAUCUUCCUCCAUCUACCCGUGAUACAUCCCAUGAUCAUGAGCUUAGGCCUCCUGCUGCAUAAUUGCUCUGCACUGCAGUUUGGAUGAUUUAUUCAUAAAUGCUUCAUUUUUUCUUGAGAAGGAUUGACAUGUAGAUAUUGUCAUUGCUUCUAAUUUCCUGUCUAUUUACCUUAGCUACCAUGCCAACUUACUAAAAUUACCUAGAAGUAUUCUUUGAUGGUAAUGACAUGAAAACUAUUGAUGUUCA